AUGGCGCAAGCAAUGGGCAGGAUACAAAACCUCCGAAUGCCUCGCCGCCGGCUGCUGGGGCGAGUAAGAAUUCCAAGAAGAGACGGAAAGUCAAUCACGGUACGUCCAGCGAAUAAAACCUCUGCAACCGUUCCCAAUUGCAUGUCUGAAACAUCCGCUGAUCUUGGUCAUGGCCCCACAGCUUGUGUGUACUGUCGACGAUCUGAACGCCCAUGUGCGCGUUGUAUAAAACGAAAUAUUGGGCACCUCUGUCAUGACGAACCCCGCGAACCGGAAACAGCCACGAAAAAAUCCAAGAAACAGCAUAGUAAUCCAGUUGACGACGAUGACGCGGCGACGGAGCAACUACAAAGUAACGUGGAUGGUGGUAUGAACACUUCAAUUGAGCAGCCCCAGGUUCAAUCGCAGGAUAGCGGUCUUGCGAUUGGGACAGCAACGCUUCCUCAGGCUAGUUCUUUACUCGUUCAACCAUCACCUGUGUCGGGAGUUCAGGCAAGUGCUCUCAACAACAAUUCAAAUCAGUUUACCGGAUACUCGAACGACUGGCUUGGUACACAAAGCCAAUUCCAAGAUAUGCAUACUUACCAUUCUUCUUAUAUGUUCAACGCGCCAGAAGUCACGAAUGAGUAUAAUCUUCUGAACGACUUCUUGAAUAACAGCUUGCUCGACGACGGAGCAUUACUGCAGGAAGACACCCCAACUCUUUUUGGUGGUCAAUCAAGUGUCAUGUUGCCAGGAGGACUCAGCAAUAACUCCGGUUCACAGCAAUCCGCCAAUCUUGGAUUACCUGCUAAUUCGCAAGGCUAUGCAAUGCCUAGACCAGCGAGUGUUAUACCCGCAGAUAAGGCACGAGACUAUUAUCUUCAAGCUGCGGAUCCAUCUGGAAAUGAUGCCCCGGAAGAAAGAAUGCAGCGGCUCCUUCGAGCUAAAUACGACGCUGGGAUGUUGAAGCCUUUCAACUAUGUGAAAGGCUACGCUAGAUUAUCACUCUAUAUGGAUUCACACAUGCACAUGGCAUCGAAACAGAAGAUUUUACGACAGCUUGAACAAUUUAGACCCAAAUUUAGAGAAAAGGUUCAAUCAUUGACAGAUAUUGAGCUGAUAUAUGUUGAAAUGUGGUUUGAACGUAGCCUCAUGGAGUACGAUCGUGUCUUUGCAAGCAUGGCUAUUCCCGCUUGUUGUUGGCGGAGAACUGGCGAAAUAUUUAGAGGGAACAAGGAGAUGGCAGAGCUGAUUCAUGUGCCCAUCGAGAAGCUAAGAGAUGGAAAGAUUGCCAUACACGAAAUUCUCACUGAAGAGUCGCUCGUCAACUACUGGGAAAAGUUUGGGGCCAUUGCUUUUGAUCUAGGCCAAAAAGCUCUCAUAACGAGCUGUUCAUUGAAAAAUCCCGACGAUAAAUCGAAAGACCCAACCAUCAAAUGUUGCUUUUCGUUCUCGAUUAAGAGGGAUGACCACAAGAUCCCGUCUCUGAUUGUUGGAAACUUUCUCCCGCAAGAUCCUGUGAAACGCAACUUCUAUGCAAGUCCCCGUUCCCCAACAGAUGUGGAAAGUGUUGGCUUAUGUUUUGUCCAAGCCUUUGCUGCCGAUAUCCAGCAACAAAUCUCCGCUGCGGCAACCUCGAGAUCGCCAGGAAGUCUUGUGCACGAAAUUGAGAAAGAAAUACUUACCUUCCCAAGCAAUUUGGGCACAGCUGCAGCAUCUAAGUGUGAGGAGAUUGACAGUACUGCCACGGUACUAUGGAACCUUUGCACCCGCCUUCGACGCGACAAUGAAUCCGAAACCCCGCAGAAUUCCCCAGCCGUAUUAGAUAUAGCGCGCGUGUUUGCGUUUCUUCUCUUGUGUUGCGCGCACGGCCAUGGAAAGUCAACGAGUAGUAAUAUCUGUAGACUAAUGAAAAUUGGCUUCAAGGCUGCCAAAGGAUCAAUUGGGCGGAACCAAUAUGAUCUUGCUUCCAAAGUCCUGGAGCGACUUGGCAAAUUCGAAGGCUUGCUCAAAGAUAUCCAGGGUGACUCGUCGGCAGAACACGGAGAGGACCUUCAACGCCUGAGCUCAGAAUACUUCAUCCUCCGGACUUCAUUGGCGUGGCAUCAGAAGCAGCUGGAUAUUGUAGAGCACCUAUAUACAAAUGCCCGACCAAAGCAACGCAAACUUGAUCCUGACACGGCUGAGAGCCUCGCAGAUGUUCUGUACGAGAUGGGAAGACAUUUAUUGGACAAAACGCAAUAUACAAUAGCUAUUCAGUGGUUUGACAGGGCGCUGGAAAUAUUAGCAGAUCAGGAGCUCGAGGCGCUAAGCAUGGAUGCUAGUGAACUCCGAGUAUCCAUCAUACAGUCAACAGUGAAAGCUCGAAUACUCCUCAAAGAUCCCCAAUCUCUGGAUCAAGCUCGUGAUCAGGUCGAAGUUCUCGGAAAUGAGCUUGGGGAUAGACUAAUCGUCCUAGCCCUUCGAUUAGAGAUUCUAGAAGCAACUUCGGCGGAGCAAUUCGACAGUAUCACUUUCGGCGAUGUCUUCGCCAGGAUAAUCAGGUCUGUUAUACUAAACGACGAGAAUUUCAGACUUGUCAUGUUCCACGUUCGAAAAUUGUGUAUGCACGACUCAGUUUCAGCUUGCAAAUCACUGGACGACCUUCUAAGAUUACGCGUAAUAACGGAGAAAGAUGAUGAAAGGCGAGAUCGAAUGAUCGAAAAGGUGCUGAUAACGCGGCUUUGGAUGGCAGUUGAACAGGACUCCGCAGAUUCUCUCUCCGCGCUGGAAGGAUUUCUGGGUAUCGUUCUUGGAAAUGUGGCUACAGGCGUGAGUUCGACGGCGACUCUAGCCGCUCACACGCUCCUGUGGAAGCGUAUCGAAGCAAAUUAUGCUCAAAGACGGUACGAGACUGCGGAGAAGUGGUGUCGGUUGGCUAUGCACCAGGUCUUUCAAAACUGUGGUGAUCUCAACAUGGCUCGCAUAAGUCGGAAAAUGUUAUUGUGCGCCAUCGAGAGACAGGAUGACAAUGGCGCUGUGGAGAUCUUGAACGCGAUGCCACCCCCGGCAAGAAAUGAGCCAAUGACAAGAUUCUUGAUGUACAAAAUUGCCAUAAGGAUGAAUAGCAUCGACACCGCUUCCGAAUGCCUUGAAUCCAUCUAUUCGUCUUCCCCAAACGAUCCCUCCCUACUCUACGCAUGCUGUCUACACUCGCUCGAAGGCAAUAACAAAAAAAUGACCUUGGCAGCCUUGCAAUUGGUGCUUGAAAAGUUCAAUUACGGCCCGCCAACGCCAGUUCACCUACCUUCUUUACUUCGUAUAACAAUUGGUUUAACUUCCUCACUACUUGAAGAAUCACAAGCGGGAAGUAAAAUGGAUGAGACUGAGACUUUAGUGGACAAGCUUUGCAUGCUCUUUGAAGGAGCCGUGACAUCUAUACGGAAGAGUAAUAAAACGUCGAGCAUAGAUGCGGUAUGGACAAUUCCCGAACUAGAUUGGUUUUCCAAGAACUCUUACAACACUUCUAUACAACAUAUCUCGACAUGGUCUCCAAUCUACAUUUGGAGAAUGCUAGAUUGUUGUAUAGCCUUCAUCGAUCAGUAUCCAGAAGGAAUUCCAGAACAAGUCUCCGAGGACCUAUCGUUACGGAAGAUGUUUUGUCAAUUUUCCGCAGCGACUGCAAUCGUUACUCUCGCUCGCGGGGAAGACAAUAUUCAAAAACAGUUGCAAUACUAUGUUGAUCUACGAAAGCACGUCGCCAGCUUUGAUAAGCUGUUGUCAGAAAAACUCGAAAGAAUGGAAGAGUUUCAGAGUCAAGACCUGUUACAGAAACUGUCUAUCCUAUUGACCUUCGAUUUCGAAGCGGCCUGUCAUCUGAAGAAGUGGGAUGAACUAGGACAUGUCAUUCUGAACGCGAAUAUCUGCAAGAGUAUGCGGGCGUACGAACUUAUGGCCGAUUGUGCGAUAUCAAUCUCACCCCCGACGCAAGCCUUGAUUGCAACUCUCAAGAAAAUCGUCAAUGAAGCAUGGGCUUUGGAAUGUGUCAAUAGCGUUAACCUAGCCAAGUACAUGCGGUGUCUGUUUCAGAUAGCUCUCCUAAGCCACGAGGAAACCGCGGAAACUCUCCUUGAUCAAGUUGCUGCCCAUGCUAGAGAAGCGAGCGAGACAGAUGAGCCGUACCCUAGCGAAGAACUCGACUGGAUUGCGACUAAGGCCUUCAACCACGCUGUCGACCUAUACCUUGGCCAGCAAGAAGAUGCCUGUAAGGUUUGGGCUAGUAAGGCGAUUAAUGUCGCACACUUCGUAAAUGAUGAAGGUGCUCUUGAAAGACUCCUGCAAGAAAAGCUUGCUGGGCUGUUAUUAGACACUUGA